UCCUAUUACACUUGUGACAUAAGACACUUACAUUUGCCCUACUUUCCUCCCAUCUCCCCCUGCCGACACAGGGAGGACUUCAAACUGAUUCUAAGAGAAGUCCGUCGCAACAACAACAAUACUCUAUCGGGUCUGUCUCUGGACUCCAUUGCCGACCAGGUCCGCUCCAUCAUCGAGACCAGGGAGAGAAACAAGCCCGGCGGAGCCGAGUCGGGGUCAAAGGGCAAACCAUGCCUACCACUGCCUCCCGUGGCUCAGGCUCCGCCCCCUAUCAACACCUCGGCGGAGUACACGGACGAGUGGUCGUGUGUGAUCUGCUAUGAAGACAUGGACUCCAGUGACUCCAGUAGACUCAUGUGUGGCCACCGGUUCCACACUGAGUGUAUCAAGUCCUGGUUCAAGGAGCAGAACACUUGCCCCACUUGUCGCAACUAUGCUCUACUGCCAGAUGAAUACCCCUUCCUUAGCCAUUAAUGUUACCAUGAGACUUUUGAACAAUAAACACACUCAUAGUAUGUACUUUCAUAGUAUACCACUGUAUGUAAGUUAAUGAAGGUUUUUAGUCGCUCACAUAUAAGUCCAAUUCAAAACCUUCUCCUUAACUUCUUGUGGGGGAUUACGUCCCUCCCCAGACUCCAGUAUGUAGCCCCAGUCACUGAGUCGUAGACUGGGAUCUCUCCUGUGGCGAGACUGGAACUCCUCACGAUAGACGUCUCCUGCUCGAUGCAGUAUUAGGUAGUACCACAUAUCCCUUUGCCCCUCUCUUCUCUUAACCAGUUGUACGUUGGUGGACCUGUCCACUGCAUUCUCCCAUGUCAGGUGUUGGAAUGUAGCCUUGGGACAUGGAGAGUCUGGGCCUCUGCAGCAAACCAACUUUGUGCUGUUGAACCAUAUUGGCUUUUGAUGAGUG